UACUUUUCUGAGGUAACCGCUAGUUCAUGAACGGCAACUGUUAUUUUAGUGCUUUUUUUCAAGCCAAUUCGGCGCUCUGCUGCCACCGAUUCUAUCCUGGGCAAAACAGUCUCGGUUCAAAGCUGCCGGCGAGAUAACCCCAUUCGUGGUCUUUCCCCAGCAGUACGAAGCACUCGCCCUCAGGAUUGAUCCAGUCGCCGCUCGCCGCCACUAUGUGCAUGUGCUCGUUCAACCUUCUGCCGUUCUUGCCGCAAUUUGCGAGCUCAUGCGAUGAUAUGGCGCUUCGCAAGCUGUCGCCCGUGAAGAGGUCGCGGCCGCGACGCAAGGUGCGCCCUCGUCACGCCAAGCGCGCCUGGUGCGACAGCCUCAUCUACUCCAACCUGGUGUAUGCGCUUGCGGCGCUCAUUUCGUUCAGCUGCGACCAGAACUUCUGCGGCGUGCUGCAGAUGGGCGCGGCUAUCGCGUCUACCAUGUUCCACCGCUCCAAGGAAACCAAGUACCUGUUGCUGGACGCGCUCAUCAGCGGCACGUUGGGCAUUAUCUUCAUUUUUGCCGGACAGCACACGCUUAACAAGGAAUGGUACGGCAUUCUGGCCAUCAAGCUGGUACUGGCUGUGCUCUGCGUAUUCACUUGGCUCUACUGCGGUAUGCCCGGCGGAGAGCGCUACGACAAGUGGCACAAUCGCUGGCACUACGUCUCGGGCGCCACCACGAUUUCGACGACGCUUUUCUUGACGAUGUACAUGCCGGAGUUCGAUCUUCUAAUGCACGAGCUCAUCCAGGACGUCGUAGUUGUACGGAGCAUGUUUAGCUGAAGUGCGAGGGUGAUCUGACGAGGGCGACGACGGCUACAGGAACAGUGACAACAGUGGCAUUCCGAUGUGUAUCGACGAGAGGAGAUGAACGAUACAGUAUCCGACCGUUCACGGCAUCGAUACACAGUUGCUUUUCAGCAGCACAGUGCUGCCAGCUCUGAUUGAUCAGGGGACCCUCCCCGAAGCACGCACGGGUUGGCCCCUGCUAAGCUGAGAGACUACCCUUAGCUACCUUAGGUGAUAGUUGCUAUCGUCCCUAGAGAGAAGGCACCUCGCGGUGUAUCAUUUUCAAACUGAUCAAUACGAUAAUGCAUUCUGUAUUGUGGGUGUUUUCCAAGAAUGUCAUGGCAGCGUGCAUGAUACAGUUCAUGUUGAGCU